GGACAGUGGUCUACGUUUGCUGCUACUGAUUUUAUUUAAUUCGAGGCAAUAUGCUUCCAUAGAGCUUUACAGUACAACUCAGCCCACUUAGUUCUUAGCUCUUGCAUCUAUCCGGUACGCACUCUGGGGAAAAUCUUUGGCUAUUUCUCAACAUCGCUAUACCGCCCUACUCCCAUUGAUAUCGCCCACCCAGCCCACAAUGUCGGAACUAGUCCAAGGCUUGGAAAACAUGAGUCUAGAUCGCGAUAUCACAAAGACAUUUUUUGCCAGCGCUGCAGAAAUUCUGCCGGGAAAGGUCGUCACUGCCGCCGAAUUCUCGCUUUUUCAAGGCACCCAGGCGCUCGAGGUGAACAAUCCCAGACUCGACACCACACUCCUUCUUUCCGGGAGCAUCGAUUCUGCCGCCAUUAGCUUUGAUCUCGCGCGGCAAUGCUCCCUCGAGGAAGUGCUAGCGGUGAUGGAUCGGUUGUUCGCCGGGCUUGGCGACUGGUUCGACAGCUCUUCGUUGGCUCUUACAGCUUUGGCGUGUCAGUACUGCGAAAAGAUGUUGGAAAAUUACAAUGCUCCGCUGUCUCGGAAAAUUCUCUCCGAUUGCCAUUUCUUUGAAGAAAAACAAGCUGAUUCCGAAGACUUCAUGACCGGUGUGCUCCGCACCUUUUUGAUAGGAUACCUCCGCUUCAUCGGGUAUGUGCUCCUCAUGGCAAAGAGCGGCGUCAUAUAUGACGAAGAAGAUAUUGUUUCAAACAACUUUGGCUUGAGCUUCUUGCAGGAGCUUCCCUUGGCGGUGGUGGUGGAAAAGCUCGAGUCGACACGGAAGGUUAUCAGAAAAGGCCCAAAGUUUGCCCUUUUGGAGAGAUACUUUGGCAUCAUCCUCGGACUUUUACGCAUCGAAACGAUUCUAUCGAUCGAUAUCGUCACAGACGGAAAGGCUCGACACUUUAACAUCUCGUUUAUCGAUGACACUCUCGCUGAGCUUUCUAACUUGAAGCAAACACCUUUGGAAAGUCUUAGGACAUCCCUCCCUUCCGGCAGCUUCAGCACCCUAUUCCAAACCCGCGUGGACAACAACCUACCGCCAAAGCCGUUGCCCGUGCAAAGCCCCUCCCAGAUGUACGUUUCCACGUUGACGGCACUCUUUGGCGACUUGAAAUACAUCACGAGACUUUUGAAACCAGCGGAAGGGGGCAAAGUGUUAAAAAAUGAGCAGAUUCAUGAGUUUAUGAUGUGGUUUGGAAACCGCCGGUUCAACCAUGUGAGUGUUGUGGUGCGGAUGAUGGUGCAGUUGUGGUUGAUUCGCGACAAUAAGAGCAUCUUGGGAUCGUCCGUGCAGUUGAUGGAUAUGAUGGUGACCGACAUGAACCGUGUGAGUAUGCUCAACACGCAUACAGCUCAGUUACUUGAAAUCGGCUUAGGGGAGGAAACUCCGCUAGGGGUGCGAAACUGGGCCGAGAUCAAGACCAGAAUCCCACCCCUACUCUUGAGCUUGGAGGGGGGCUACUACGAAAUUUUAUCCCUCUACUCGCAGAACCCGUCCCGCCAGCGCCAGCACGUCAACCGUUUGCUUGUGCUCUUUGACACGUUGCAGGUGGAGGCGGAGAACUUCGAGGUUCUCGUCUUCGACUCGCUUCCACAGGGCAGCGGUGACGUGUUUGAAUACGGCGGCCAGCUCGUUCCCCAGGUACCAUUGAGCUCGUACGUUUAUUCUAAAAAGCUUGGCCUUAUGGUUGAGAUGCUCUUCCGCGGCGUGGAACUCAACCUUUACAAGCCGUUUGAGCUACUCAGCGUCUACUGGUACGUGUCGUACCUCUUGGAGACAAUGCUUACCCACAUUAAUGGCCGUCUUGUGCGCAUCAACGAGCAGAGUAUCGCCCAGGUUGAUGUGGCAAAGAUGGCUAAGAAGUUAAAGAAGCUUUCUGGGGAUAAAAAGGUCCGGUACAAGGCCCAGAUAGACCAGGCAACUGCGGUGUUACCCGAGUUAAAACGCAUUCAGCAGCGCCUCCAGUACGAAGCACGUUACUACCAGCUGCUUCUACGCUUGGCCACCGCCUACCGUACAUAUCUUGCGAUGGUCAACAGCUUGUUGCCCGAGCCUCCGUUCAACCGCAUCUCCGUGGAUCUCAUGUACCAGUUCCGCUUCAAGCCAUUUUCAUCCAUCGGUGUGCCGGAACAGCCGUCGUACAAGCAGUUCAACGACUCGGUGGCUCAGAUUAUCCCUGCUGACAAGGUCCAACGAGCAAAGCUCUGCGUGCUCUCGCAAUCCAUUGUGGACGACGUAAUUGCUGAGUUUUCCGAGAUGGGGGACGUGGAUGUCUUGGGCUGGGGCUUGACCGAGGAUGAUGCUCAACAGUGGUAUGCGAAGUUGCGGAGUUCUGCAGAGAAUUUAAAAACCUCGAUGAUCGAGCUUAACGGGUUGGAGGGUGCCUUGAGCGGGUGCAAGUUUUCCGUUCACGGGCAUAUCGAUGAUAAGCAGGAGGGGUGUCAUCCGUGGUUUCCUCGUUACAGAAUUAGACAUUAAGUUGGGCGCUCAGAUAUGUACCAAUGGGCUUAAGCCGUGUCAUUGAUAGACUAAUCUAAUGAAUACUGUAUUUAGUUAUAAGGUAUCUCGCGAUAUUACGUCUG